AUGGACAAACCUGUGCUUGUGGUCCUCUUGGUCCAUAAGGUGGUAAAUUUGGGGCUGGUUAUCCUUGCGGUGCAGGUUGCCGUUGAAGAUCAUCUCAUGGACUUACGUGCUAUUGUAUUGUUUCUGUGUGUAUGCUCUCACCUUGUGGGACACAAUGGAAUUGAAGGAGACUGGAGGAGUUUAACUAAAGAAGAAGAUUUGGAGUUGGAGGAGCGACUUAAGCAUCUCAACAAGCCGGCAGUCAAGACUAUACAAAAUAAUUAUGGAGAUAUAUAUGAUUGCGUGGAUUUCUACAAACAACCUGCAUUUGAUCAUCCUUUACUGAAGAACCACACUUUUCAUUUUCAGAUGAAGCCCACUUCAUUACCUAAGAGAUCAAGAGAUCAAGUUUCCUCAAACGUUAGCAAACCUCUAAAUAUAGGACUAAAGGGUGGGGGUUGCCCGGUUGGAACAGUUCCAAUUAGAAGAACUACUAAAGAAGAUCUCAUUAGAGAGAAACUUGCUUCAAAAAUAAUGACUCCUGCAGAUGACACUGGUGGUGCUGAUGCAGGUCAAUCUCAUUGUUUCAAUACAAAUUGUCCUGGAUUUGUGAUUGUGGACACAGAUAUACCUCUUGGUUCAGUAAUUGAAGAGGUCUCUAUACCUGGAGAGACACCAAUUGAGUUGGAAAUCUACAUCUUGCAGGUAAAAUUUGAAAACUCUUAA